AUGGCCUUCAGCGCCUUCGGUGCCGCUCUUAUCUCCUCAAGCGAGUCAAGCGAUUACCAUGAAGUGGUUUUUGAGUUUCGGAAACAGCCAGAAAUCAAACGGAGUCAAAUCAGUGCUGUGGAUUCGGCGAUGUCGGUUUCUUCGUCUUCCCUCAAGGAGGAAGAUCUUACGUGUAAACAGAAAUCUAUCCUUCGCAAGAUCGAAUUCAUCUGCCUGGAUCUAGUGAAGCAGCUGUCUUCUACUUCUCAUCCAAAUAAGAUUAUUCUCCGAGCAAGCGAAGACGAUGCACACAAACAAAUUGUUAUAUUUCCUCGCCAAGGUAUGCGCUUGGCGUUUAUCAUGCAAUCUCUUGCACGGAUUUAUCAGCUUAUAACCAACGGUCAACAGUCAACAAAACGUGACCUUUACUAUGACAAUAAGAAACUGUAUAAGAAUCAAGGAAAUUUCGAUCGUAGCAUUAGUACGAUUUGUGAUCUUCUUGAUGAACCACGCGUUGUUCUUAAUAUUAUAUCGAGCAGCAAAGGUAUUAUAUCCGGUGCCCUUGCUUUUCUGACAAAAGAUAAGCAGUUGAUUGAUUGCCGAAACCAGCAAGUCUUGAUAUCUGAAUAUUUAAUGGAUCAUCGUGUCGUCAGUGAAGCUCAGUUCAUUAUUGUUGUUGAGAAGCAUGCGAUGUUCGAAAAGAUGAUAGAUGAAGGGUUUUUCGAAUGUUUCCCUAAAAGUGUACUAGUUACAGGAAAGGGUUACCCAGAUAUUUGCACUCGUCAACUGUUGAGGUGGCUGGUUGGUCAGUUGGCUGUUCCUGUAUAUGGCCUUUUUGACAGCGACCCUCACGGCAUUGAAAUAAUGUUGACUUUCAAAUAUGGGUCUAUAUCUGAGCGUAGAGAAGGACAAGGCUGUUGUAUUAAGCAGAUGCAAUGGUUAGGCUUCAAGCCAUCAGAUAUUCGCAGUUUACCCAUCGUUAGCCAACAUUUCCUCAAACUCCGCAAUCGCGAUUUCGUAAAAAUAUCGAAAAUUAGGCGACGAGCGCUAGGCCUUGAUGAAUUCGUUGUAGCAAAAGAGUUAGACAUACUGCGCUCCCUUCGUUCCAAACUGGAGCUGGAAGCCCUUUCUAUGAUUGCACCCCAAUUCAUAAUUCGUGUUUAUCUCUUACCUCGCCUCGUAAGAUUGCUGCAAUCUUUUUCAAGGACGGUGCAACAUCCAGCAUUAGAGACAGAAGGAAAGGCAUAG